AUGGAAAAUACCACAUUCAUGUUGACGCUCAACUUUGGUGAACUGACUGCAGUAAAAUAUCUCUAUUGGGUCAUUGCUUUCAUUGCCUAUACACUUAUCGUGGUUCUCAAUGGUGUGGUGAUUGUUACCGUGUUGCAGCACAAGAGUCUUCAGGAGCCCAUGUACAUCUUUAUAUCGGUGCUUUGCGUGAACGGACUCUACGGCAGCAGCUCCUUCUUUCCCGGUCUUUUAAUAAACCUUCUUCAGGAGAACCCAUCAGUUUCCUACUAUGGCUGCUUGACGCAGGCCUUUUGCCUUCACACCUAUGGGUCCUUUGAAUUGACGAUCUUGGCCUCCAUGGCCUAUGACCGCUAUGUGAGUAUUUGUAACCCUCUGAGAUAUAACAGUAUAAUGACAUUGUCCAUGGUGCUCAAGAUAGUCCUAGCAGCCGGGUUAUAUCCUAUUAUACUGAUUUCCAUCCUUGUAAUACUGACAGCUAGACUUCCUCUCUGUGGCACCGACAUCCUGAAGGUCUACUGUGAUAACUGGGUCUGUAUAAAAUCCACCAAGGAGGUUCAGAAUAAGGCUCUCCAGACCUGCACACCCCAUCUGAUCACCAUAGCAAACUUCUCUCUAGACACUCUCUGCGAGAUCCUUUUACAUCGCUUUCCUCUAACCAAGUUAACGCAUGAGCUUAAAGUCUUUAUUUCGCUGCAGAUUCUGGUGGUUUCACCCUUGCUGAAUCCUGUCAUUUAUGGUUUAAAGAUGAAGGAGAUGAAGUCUAAAUUGAGGGAACUUUUAAGAGAAAAAAAAGACAUAGUUACACAAUAA